GAAAAAAACGGAACAUUGACGUUUCAAUGUCCGAAUGAUUUUCAAAAAUUCCAUAGAACGAUAGUCUUUAGCGAGUUCACAAAUCUAUUUGCUUACCAUAGAUAUAUCGAUGUUCUUAAAGAAUCAUUCUUAAAGUAUUAUAGUUAUUCAUGAAAUGGGUAGUGCUUGGUGGCAGUGCACUGCAUGUUUGAGAGCACAAGAAGAAGAUAUCUGUGAGUUACAGUUGAAUCACUGUAAUCUUUACGAUGUACCACCUGAUGUGUUCAUUUAUGAAAGGACAUUGGAAAAGCUGUAUCUGGAUGCCAACAGAAUAAAGGAUCUUCCAAGGCCACUGUUUCAGUGCCAUGAAUUGCGAGUACUUUCUCUUAGCGAUAAUGAAGUCACCACGUUACCACCCGCCAUAGCAUCGUUAAUUAAUUUAGAAUAUUUAGACCUCAGUAAAAAUAGUAUUAAAGAAUUGCCAGAUAGUAUAAAAGAAUGUAAAAACCUUCGUUCUAUAGAUAUCAGUGUUAAUCCUUUUGAACGUUUCCCAGAUGCUAUUACUCAUAUUGUUGGAUUACGAGAAUUAUAUAUAAAUGAUGCAUACAUAGAAUAUCUACCAGCAAAUUUCGGAAGACUCUCAGCUUUGAGAACGUUAGAACUUAGAGAGAAUAACAUGAUGACAUUGCCAAAGAGUAUGAGCCGUUUAAUAAAUUUACAAAGACUUGAUAUUGGUAAUAAUGAUUUCACUGAAUUGCCUGAAGUUGUGGGGGAUCUCAUCAACCUCACUGAAUUAUGGAUAGAUGGUAAUGAUAUUAGACGUAUACCCGUUAAUAUUAACCAGCUUUAUCGUUUGAAUCAUUUUGAUUGUACAAUGAAUGCAAUUCAUGUUAUUCCAUCAGAAGUAGAAGGAUGGAGAGAUAUUUCGAUUAUGCAUCUUUCGUCGAACGAAAUUUAUCAGUUACCAGAUUCACUUUGCUAUCUACGUACAAUUGUGACUCUUAAAGUUGAUGACAAUCAAUUGAAUGCACUGCCAAAUGACAUUGGACAGAUGUCAAGCUUAGAGGAGCUUAUAGUUACUAAGAAUUUCCUUGAAUAUUUACCAUCAUCAAUAGGACUUUUGAGAAAACUACAUUGCUUGAAUGCAGACAAUAACUAUUUGAGAUGCCUUCCACCAGAAAUUGGAAGUUGUACUGCAUUAUCGUUACUUUCAUUAAGAUCGAACAAUUUAACUCGAGUUCCGCCUGAAUUAGGUCAUUUAUCUUCAUUAAGAGUACUAAAUCUCGUAAACAAUUGCAUUAAAUUUUUACCCGUUUCAAUGUUAAAUCUGAGCAAUUUAAAAGCAUUAUGGCUGAGCGACAAUCAAAGUCAACCAUUAGUGCCACUACAACAGGAAUUCAAUUGUGAAGAAGAUAUGAUGGUGUUGAGUUGUUUCAUGCUCCCGCAAAAACCACGGCAAGAACUUGAACAAAUAACACCGGCUGUAGGACUAAUUUCGAGUUCAAUCGUUGGUACUGGAAAAAGAAUAUGUUUUGCUGCCGAAGUAGAAUCUGAGAUCCCUAGGCAACUUCAUCGAGCACCGACUCCCUAUCCUAAAGAGCUGCGCAACCUUGCUAGGCAUGCCCGCAAUUUACAUCACCAGUCUGCACAUGAUCAAAGAAUGCAUUUAGAACAGGAGACUAUGAUCAAAGAAGCUAUUAUUGCUACAACUACUCUGGACCUUACUUCAAAAACCGGGACCUGUUUUUCACAAAGUUUAUUUAAUAAGGGUUCACAUGUUUCACUUUCACCUACCGAACGUCAUCUAUCAAAAGGGUACAAGACUAAUAGUCCUACAGAUGUUGGAACAGAACAGUCUGUUUCAGAAGAAUCAUCUGACGAGGCAAAUAAGACAGUACUUGCAAAGGAAAAGAGCCCGGAUAUUCGAGAAGCAAAAUAUAUUCGUAAUCCUACGUCCGAGUAUCUUUCCAAGCCACCGACAGUAGCAGAUUAUGUAAAUUCUACUUGGAAACCAGAUGAAUAUUCGAAAGCAAACACAGCAAAAAUCGUAGAAUCGGAGAAAUUCAUAGAUCCUUAUAAAAACGUACCUAUUGCCGUGGGUACUAAAAAUGCUGAACAAAUACACAUUCAAACGCCAAAAAUCAACGAAGUUCCACCCGUUCCUCCACCUUAUCACAUCGCUGCAGCAUUUUCAAAGAAAGCAGCACUUUUUCAACAAUUGAACCAGUCUCGGUCAGACUCGCCAACGAUCACUCCUCCACAAACAGAUAUUAACAUAUCAAAUUCAAAGACAUUCCCGGAAAUGCAAAUACAAAAUUACGAUGGAUGCACAGAAUCAUUUAAAACUGAGGAACACACACAUCUAUAUAAUGAUCAAGUUUCAUUAAACAAUGCAGGCACAGCAAGUGUUUCCGUAACUGAUGGGAAAACUUCUUCAAAUACUGAAGACCAAACAGAAUCUCAUGAACUAGAACAAUCUUUUGAAGGGGACCGAUUAUUGAAGCCGAGUAGAAUACCUAUUUUAAAAACAAAGCAUCUAGAAUCUACGAAUUCUAUUUCGAAUAAUGAUCUAUCCAAUAAGUGUACAAACUCUUCUGUUGAAGAAUAUGAAUCCGCAAAAGUAUUGAACGUGUCGUCUAUACCUACAUCUCCGGUAACUGGGAAGAAAUAUCGAAGUCCGCUCACUAUACAAGCAAAGCUUUCAGAUCGAUCAAAGAAAACAGUCAACGGAAAUGUCUCGAAUAAUAAUACUUUAUGCGAUAACGUGAUACCAGUGAAUGCAGCAAAUUCGAAUUUAGUUAUAAAUUCAAAUAUGGAUAAUCAAGAGGUAAAUUUAAAAAUCGUAUCCACUGAAACUAACUCUGGUCGAAGUACACCAGUGUCGAGUAACAAUAAGUCUCAAAAUGAGGUGAUGAAUUGUAACAUUGAUAAGUAUAAAGUUACCGGGACAAGUGAGUUAUUGAACUUAGAGAAAAAGCCAAGAUUUAAAUGGAUGUUUGGGCCGCAUAAAAAUGCUAACGUGUUACCUGUUCAGGUGAAAAAGAAUCCAGGUCUCGGUUUCAGUAUAGCUGGCGGGGUGGCGGGCGCUGAAACUGGAAUCAUUGUAACUAAAGUCAAUCCAGAUGGUCCAGCUCAAGGUACACUUCGGCCAGGGGACAAAAUCUUGGAAGUGGAUGGUAUAGAUUUUACUAAAUCCGAUCACAAUAAUGCUGUGGCUGUUCUUCGAGCUACCGGUGCAGUGGUAUCCAUGAUGAUUAGUCGUCAUCAAUAAUAUUAAGUCGAUGGAAAUUGCUUGUUUUCCAAUUUUUGCCAAUUAAUUUACGCACAGACUGAGUACAUUUCGUGUAAGUUUUUUUUUAUGUAUAUAGAUUGUCGAUCAACAUUGACGAACAAACAUCCAACAAACGUACAAGAACAUAGCUUGACUUUGCUUUGAACGCUUUUGACGGUAGUGAAUCGUACUCUUUGCGACUGAUUUGUACGACUGAAACAGCGUUACCAAAGGUGGAAGUGGGAGCACUUAUUCGAGGAAAACGUUUCUGGCUUCCAAUGAUCUUAUGACUGUAUAGCAAUGUUUUGAAGGAACAAAACAGAAAGAAAACAAUAACAAGAAGCAAGAAUUGAUCCGUAGGAUAUAUCAUAGAUUAAGAAUCCGUUUUCUUGCACAAUUAUUGAUGAACAAAAGAAGAUUGAAAUGUGAUGUAUAAGGAAAUUAUUUUUAAGACAAGUUUCAUCAUGGGCCAAUCCACAGCUCACUCAUAUUAUUACAUUGCCCAGAUAAUUGAUAUAAGGUAGCAACUAUUUAGUGAACAAUUUAGAGUAAGUUUCUUCCUGACUUUCAAACUCCAUAAAAGUGUUGUUUUAUGGUGUUGGUUGUAUUUAUGUCAACUCACUUGUUCUCUUUGCAGAGAGCUGACAAUGUGCCAGAAACAAAAUACUAUUUAUUAAUCGUAUACAUUAAAAAUGAUUAUAUACCGGGUGUUUAGGUACGGUUGGAUAUCCUUGCAGGGAGUGGGAGCUGGGAUAAUUAUGAACAACUUUUUCCUUUAUCAAAAUAGGCUAGUUAAGGUUUAGUUUUUGAAUUAUUAAUGAAAAAUACCCGAGCAAGUAGUGUACAACACUGUGCGCAGGAGCAGCCACGGGAGUGUCGGCUACGAAUCGACGCGAUGUGCCGAGUAGUUUGUUCGCCUGUUUUAAUUAAUCAGUGUUCUUCAUUAAUAAUUCAAAAACUAAAACUUAAUAAACAUUUUGGUAAAAAGAAAAAAUAUCAUCCCUGCUUCCAUCCCCUGCAAUGAUACUCACCUGUAGCCGAAUACCCCUUGUAUAAAAGCAAAUAUAUAUAUAUAACGUAUAUACAAAAGUUAUCUCUGUCACUUGGACAGGAUUCUUAUAGAUAUUUACUUUGUUUUUAUAGUUUUUUUUCUACAGUCAUAUUUAAAAAUUAGUAUCCUUUUGUUUCAAAACGUAUCUGUGAGAAUCUUGUUACAACAAAGAAAAAGGGAUAUUCUUCUAUGUGCCGUAACUUUAUUCGUUAUGUUUAUAGCUGUCUUGUUGAAAAUUUCCUUGAAUAUUUAAAUUUAAACAUGUUUUUAUUCAACAAAUUACUUAUAGAACUCACAUUCUUAUUUUAAACAAUUUUAUGUUUUUGCUUGCCAUUGAUUCGUGAUAUGUUUAUUUUAUUAAACACAAAUGUUUUAAUAAUUUUUUGUUUUUAACAUAAAGUCAGCUUUUAAGUUUUUUUUUUUAUUUUUUUUAUUUUUUUAAUGAAAUUAAAUUUUUAUUGUUGUGGUUGUGAAUUGCUAUAUUUGAUCCAUUCUAAUGCUAAAGGAACAAAUGUAUGUACCUUGUAGAAACUGUUAUUCAACAGCAGUUAUUAAUAUGGCAUAACAAUGCCAAAACGUAAGAUAAAAUACUACUUUUCUAUGUUAGUGGAGAUAUAUCGAAAAAUGAAAGUUAUUCACAUAAAUGGAGUAGAGCUGUGAGAUAAAUGUUUAGAAAGGUUGUAUGAUGACGUAUAGCACAAGCAAAAACUGUUCAUGUCAAGAUAUGAGUUAUAACUAGUACGCUAUUUGUAUCCCAGAACUUUUACAACAAGAUAACGAUAUCGCACUUCGCUUUACCUCGCAUACAGAACAAUUACUGCGCACAUUCUCAUUAUCUAUGCAUUCUUUUUUUAUAUCUACUUUACAGUUUUAAUUAGCUUUUGCUUAUUGUAAGGAUCUUUGAAAAAUAAGUUUUAUGCAUUUAUGGAGAUGCAUUUAAGUAAUACAUAUUAGUUGUUUUGAUUUUUUUUUAAAUGUCUUUCAUCAUAGAAUUGAAAUAUUUUCUGAUAUUAUUAAUUUAAACACAGGCUUUGUUAAUAGUAAUAUUAACAGAUUGAUUAAAAUAACGUUACAGUUAAAUAAUAGCUAUACAACAGGAGUAUAUAUGUAUGCAUAUGUACAUAUAUACAUGUGUGGAUUAAGCACAACUUCAAAUGUAUACGUCUCGUUUUAUUCUACUCUCUGAGUAAACAUUAUUUAAAACUAUGAGAAGUUUAGUACUUCUAUAAUUGAGAAUUAAAACAAAAAAUUUUAUAUUUUCAGAAAGAUUCCUUCAAAUAUAUCAUGUAGAAUUUACAUCUUGAUAUAUUUUCGAAUGAAACCAAAAAAAUGAAAAAGAAAAGAGCCGAUUAUUUUUUAUCCUCACUUUACUUCUGUAUUUUGUGAAAGUAAUUUUAGAUAACUAUAUACUCAAUUGUAAAGUAUUCUUAGUAAAAGUUAUGUGUUUUAAUUAUUUUUACGAGUAUAUGUAGUUCUAUUAUACAAAAGCAGCUUUGUAUUUAAACUUUUAAACUAACUAUAUUUACCAACAAUAAUCUGCAUACCUAGUCAUAUUGGGAAAUAAGAAGUAUGAUUGAAGGUGGAUUGUACCUUUCAGCUAACAUCUGUAUCUCUAGUAAUAUUUUCUGUAGUUUUUUUAAUACCAGUUUUACCUGUAAGAGCUAUGAUAGAAAAGAAUGAUAUAUAUUUAUAUAUGCAUUUAUGUUUCAAUCAAUACUCUUUAUGUCUUUAUUCUUAAUAAGCGUACAAAUUUUGCAUGUGUAUUCGUUUACUUAACAUUUGAAACAUUAUAUUGUCGUUAAAGAUUUGAAUUAGAACCGUUCGCGGAAUCAAAUGAAUAUUUUAAUUAUUAAAAAGAAGAUUUUGGACCAUAAGAACACAUAUACAAUCUUUUCUACUACUCUAAUUACUAAACAGACUGACUACUUUUUGAGGAAAUAUUUAAGUGGCAUUUAAAGGAGUGUAAUGAUUGUACUGGAAAUGUGUGAUUGAAAAAAUAUGAUACAUUAAAUUGUAUUAUAUACAAAUUACAAACAUAUAAAUGAACAAGUGGUCGUACUCGUAUAAAUUCUCAUUUUAAUUAUGAAUCUGUUAUUAGAUUUUCCUUUCUUUUAAUGUCAUAUCAUUUUAAGAAUGGAAUUAUUUUUUUGUAUAAAUAGAUUCAUUAUAGAACUUUGAUCAGUACAACCACUUUUUUAAACAUAUUUUUUUGUAUACUCUAUUUGAAUGGUUUGUAUGACAUUGUAUGAUAGAUUUAUUGUACACUAUCGAGCAAAAUAGGCUUCCCAAGGAAAAAUAGCGAUAUAGAGGAAGUAGGAAUUCUCAGAAUCCUAAUCUUGGGGAAGUCUACUAUGCUUGGUGGUGUACAAAAGUGCUCACAGUUUGACUGGUCACCAUAAUAUAGUAACUACCAUACAGUUGUAACACUUUGAAUAUGUUAGAAAAAAAAAGAUAUUUUACCUUUCUUAAAAUGUCCUAGUUGGUUGUGCAGCAAUAAAUAAAUUAAUAUUUACGUAUAAAA